ACACUCGAAAAAAGUCCACGAAGGAACGCCGUUGAACGAGAAUCUCAGCUCGAAUUCCAACCGCUCUUCUCCUUGUCCGUCCCCGGAGUUGAAUGAAACCGGCUCCCCGGCUGUCGAUACAAUCACAACGAAUGCCGAGGAGGUUUCAACACAAAAAUGUCGACUUCAAACUGAGAAAUAGUCGUUUUUGCAGUCGAAAACGGUCGAAAGUUCGAUGAUCACCGGGUUCGAAUACGUCUUUUUGCUGUUUCUGACGGCGUUGGUCAAUGCACAAAUGAAUGGGAUCAUUCCGAGUAUUCAGAGCUACGCGGCGUUACCUUAUUCACAGGUAAGAAUGUUGUGUGAAGAAAAAAAAAUUUCAGAAUAA